AUGUUCCAGCCUGCUGAAGCCUGGCAGCCACAGUUCGACCCGCCUCUGCCACCGUUCCGGACAUACAACCUCGAGUCCUGGUUUGAGGAGUUCGCGGCGGCGUUGGAGCUUAACGGCAUCUGGCUGCAAGCAUUCAUGUUUGAGGUACUAGAGUACCACCUUCCGCGUGAUCUCAAAUGCAGCCUCACCUACUUCGCAUGGCACCCUCGCCCUUACGAUGAUCUGCGGGACGCCGUGCUCGAGUUUUACGAAGAGCCGUCGGCACCCGCGACGGCAGAAGAGCCGUCGGCACCCGCGACGGCAGAAGAGCCGUCGGCACCCGCGACGGCAGAAGAGCCGUCGGCACCCGCGACGGCAGAAGAGCCGUCGGCACCCGCGACGGCAGAAGAGCCGUCGGCACCCGCGACGCCAUACGAGCCCUCGGCACCCGCGACGGCAUACGAGCCAUCGGCACCCGCGACGGCAUACGAGCCAUCGGCACCCGCGACGGCAUACGAGCCAUCGGCACCCGCGACGGCUGACGAGCCCUCGGCAGCAAACGAUCCCACACCAUGGCCAGUCGGAACUGUUUCCCAGCCGAUAACAACCGGCUACACAUGUGACGGAGACCACCCUCCCGCGCCAAUCAGCUGUGAUGCGUCCAACGCACGAUUGUUGGCGUUGCGUUGA